ACCGCAGGGAGAUGACCACGAGUGGCGCUGCACGCAUGGUGCCAAAGCCGGUGGAGCCGUGGCCGAUGAGGGAGAAGAAGGCGUAUCACCGGGCUUUGCUCGCCGGCAGCCUGACAACGCUGCUGCUCCUCGCGUGCUUCGUCCUCGGCCGGCAGAGCGCAUCGUCGGCGGCCUGCUGGCUCCAGAUCGAUCUCGCCAAGCUCACAGCCAUGAACAAUGGAAGAGCAGGUACCACGAACGCUCCCCAACGCGGCGACGAGCUCCUCGGCGGGCUUCUCCCGGCGGGGAUGGACCGGCGGGCAUGCCGGAGCCGUUACGAGUCGUGGCGGUACUACAAGUACUUCCCGUACGCGGCGUCGCCGCAUCUCCAGCGCAAGCUGCGCGCCUACGAGGCUCGCCACCGGCGUUGCGCCCCGGGCACGCCGCUCUACGCCAAGUCCGUGGAGCAGCUCCGCUCCGGCCGCAGCGCCGACGCCAUGGAGUGCAGCUACGUCGUGUGGCUCCCCUUCGACGGCCUCGGCAACCGCAUGCUGUCCAUGGUGAGCGGCUUCCUCUACGCGCUGCUCACGGACCGCGUCUUCCUCGUCGCCCUGCCGCCGGACUCCACCGACCUCUUCUGCGAGCCGUUCCCGGGCACGACGUGGCGGCUCCCGGUGGACGACGGCGACUUCCCCGUCGCCAACCUGGUCCCGCGGGGGCAGGACAUCGAGAGGUCGUACACGAGGCUCCUCGACGGCAAGGUGAUCGGCCCGGACGCGAACGCGACGGCGGCGGGCGUGCCGCCGUACGUGUACCUGAGCAUUGGGUGGCAGCUCAAGGACCCGCUCUUCUUCUGCGGCGAGCACCAGCUCGUGCUCGGCAAGGUCAACUGGCUGCUUCUGUACAGUGACCUCUACUUCGCGCCGUCGCUGUACGCGGUGGCCGAGUUCCAGGACGAGCUCCGGCGGCUGUUCCCAGCCAAGGAGAGCGUGAGCCACCUCCUGUCCCGGUACCUCCUCCACCCGACCAACCCCGUGUGGAGUCUGGCCACCAGGUACUACCGCUCGUACCUCGCUCCGGUGAAGCGGAGGAUCGGUGUGCAGAUCCGGAUGUUCCGCUACGGUACCAUCCCCGCCGACGACAUGUUCAACCAGAUCCUCGCAUGCUCCCGGCAGGAGAACAUACUGCCGGAGACCGACGAUGGCGCCGAGGACGACGACGGUGGUGGUGGUGACAAGGCAGUGGCGACGAGGAGCGCCGACAAUGGCGGCUCCAACUCCACGGCCAUCUUGGUGGCGUCUCUGUACGCGGACUACUACGAGAGGUUGAGGUCGAGGUACUAUGUGCAUGCGGCCAAGGGCGGCGAGAGGGUGGCCGUGUUCCAGCCGUCGCACGAGGAGCGGCAGGCGACGGCCAACAUGGCACACAACCAGAGAGCGCUCGCGGAGAUCUAUCUGCUCAGCUUCUCCGAGGAGCUUCUCACGUCUGGGACGUCCACGUUCGGGUAUGUGAGCAGCAACCUCGCCGGUGUCCGGCCGACGAUCUUGCUCACCGCGUAUGGACACAAGGUUCCCGAUCCGCCGUGCCGGCGGGCCGUGUCCAUGGAGCCGUGCAACCUCACGCCGCCUAAGGGCGUGCAGUGCCAGAGCAAGCCCCCGAAGGAGGAUGUGGAACGCCACGUCAGAGUCUGCGAGGAUUCCAAGAAUGGGGUCAAGUUUUUUGACUAAGCAAUGCGUUAUUAACUUUAUUUUUCUUUUUGACAGACACUCAAAAGAGUAUCUCAUAUACGCUAUAUAUCGAGGAAAACAAAGAUUAGUAUAGAAGAUGGAUAAUAAGAUAUAAAA